CAUCCUUGUUCUUUUUAUCAUAUGAUUUAAGUACAGUUUGCGUUCUUUCCUGUAUUUUUACAUCAUGGCCAUGCAAGAUGUCAUAAAUAAGGUUAAAGGAACAGCACUUGGAGUUGCAGAGUACCUAACUCCCAUCCUAAAGGAAUCCAAAUUUAAAGAAACUGGAGUCAUUACACCCGAAGAGUUUGUUGCUGCUGGAGAUCACAUUGUUCAUCACUGCCCAACAUGGCAAUGGUCAAUGGGAGAAGAAUCGAGAGUGAAGCCAUAUUUACCUAAGGACAAGCAAUACAUCUAUACGAGAAAUGUACCAUGUUACAAGAGGUGUAAACAAAUGGAACACCAAGAAGAAAAUGAAGCCAUUGUUGAAGAAGAUGAAGAUGGGGGAUGGGUUGACACUCACCACAAGGUGGAUCCAAGUGGAAAUAAGAUUGGUGCUGGUGUACAGGAACAGUUUUCAGAAAUGAAACUGGACUCUGAUAAGGCUUCAAAGCCAGUCGUACCUGUUGCAGAUGAUGAUGAUGAUGAGGAUGAAGAUGAAGAAGCUGAAGACAUGGAAGCUUUUGAAGAGAGUGGUAUGUUGGAAAAUGAUGAGGCCACAUUAUCCAUCCCAGCUGCUGCAGCCGCUAAACCAGAAGGAGCAGUUAGCUCUGCAGAGUUGGCAAGCGGAGAAGGUAUUCUACAGACAAGAACGUAUGAUAUGUAUAUCACAUAUGACAAGUACUAUCAGACACCACGACUAUGGCUCUAUGGAUACAAUGAGAAUCGAAAACCAUUAACAGUUGAAGAAAUGUAUGAAGACAUGAGCCAGGAUCAUGCCAAGAAGACAGUAACAAUAGAAGCACAUCCUCACUUACCAAUGACCAUGGCAUCUGUUCACCCUUGUCGGCAUGCUGACGUCAUGAAAAAGAUUAUUCAAACAGUGGCAGAUGGAGGAGGAGAACUUGGAGUUCAUAUGUAUCUAUUGAUUUUCCUAAAGUUCGUCCAAGCGGUCAUUCCAACCAUAGAAUAUGAUUAUACACGACAUUUCACCAUGUGAUCUGUGACGUCACUGGACAGGGAAGUCGGCUGAAUGAAUCCAAUUCUGUAUUAGGAAUUACAUGUCAUGUAAGAGACCUUAACUUGUUUCUGUGACCCACAAAAUCACCAAACCCUGCAAAUUUGAGGAAUUUUGGUUUCUGCUUGUCAAAUUUGCAACAGUCAGAGUUAGUAGAUUUUGGGAUUUAGGUCUGGGACGGCUUAUGAAUAUUACAGUGCGACUACAUUAACCAAGACCACAUCCCCCCCUGUUUCUUGUUCACUCCUGUUCAUACGCACAAACGUAAGAAAAAUUUAUGCUCUUAAAAGAAAAAAUGUGAAAAUUUGUGAUUCUAUUGUUUCAAUACUCAGUCGCGAUUGGCUAAUUUGUAUAAAAAUUUGUCUGGGUGGUCUUGGUUGUUGUAGUCGCACCGUAAUGAGAUCACAGAAACACGAAAAAGGAAUCUUUAAGAAAGAAGAAAUGUCUCUGUAUUUAGUCAUUAUUGGUUGAUUGAUUUUUUGUACUCGGUUCCUGACUCAGUUGUCAUGAAGGAAAUGUUUAAUCUCGUUCUAAGAGCCGUUAUUUCUUCUUUAAUUUUUCGAGCAUGCGCAGUAAAAAUAACGGCUCUGGGAACGAGCCUUGGGAAAUGCUUGAUACUUGCGUCUGGAUUUGCGUUUGCGUGGCUGCGUCCCACCUUAAGUAAAAACAGACUUGAAAUAUCGACUCUUAUCUAGACAGCAGUUUUGAGUUCGUUUUGCUUGAAUCAUUCUAAGCCCAACAAAUGUGCAUAAAAAGACUAUAGAAUGGAGAAAAUUGAGAAAUCUCUUGAAUUGUAACUUAGGACACCAACUAUAUAAUAGUAAAAAUGAAAAGGUAAAUUAUACASCGUGAAAA